ACUACAAGCACAAAUCUAGAUUCCACCAUACCCUUUUGAAAGUGUAGCUGCUUAAAGAAGCUUUUCUCUCUCUCUACAUCUUGAGCGACACCACUGGAGAUUGUGGAAACAAAAACCACAAGAAGAUGAGUUGUAGAAAAAGAAGAAGAAACACACAAUGAGAGCUCAUCCCAUUUGCAAUUUUUCAAUAAAACUACUAUUACUAAUUGUCACUACUUUUGCAACAGCAAACACCCAAAUUCAAGAUCUCAUUAACAAUCCCAAAACAAGAAGAAUUCUUCAUCAGCCACUUUUUCCAGACACUUCGUCAUACCCACCUCCACCUCCACCCCCACCACCACUAGUUUCUGAACCCAUUUUCCCCACCCCAGACCACCCCUUUUUCCCAGAAGUCCCCUCUAUAGCAACCCCAGAUCAAACGCCACAACAAGAAGUUCAACCAAUUCAACCAAAUGGGACACCAGUUUCAAGAACAAGCCCAAUUUCCUCUCAUCCAACAAACCCAACCAAGAAACUGGCAAUUGCAGUGUCUGUUGGCAUUGUCACUCUUGGAAUGCUAUCCGCUUUGGGAUUCUACAUCUACAAACACAAAGCUAAACACCCUGAUGAAACCCAAAAGCUCGUUAGUAACAACAGUAGGAACAACUCUCAUCGAGCCAAUGAAGAAUCAAGAAUGCCACCUUCCAAUUUUCUUUACAUUGGAACAGUUGAACCAUCAUCAUCCUCUCAACAAACCCAAGUGAACCACUCCAAUAGUGUUGCUAAUAAUGCUUCACCUUAUAGGAAACUUAGCCCUGCUAAGAAAUCAGACAGGUCUAGACCAAGUCCAGAACUUCAACCACUUCCUCCAUUGAGAAGUACUAGAGCCUUCCCUCCUCCUACCAUAACAAAUUCACCUGAUCAAAGAAUUUCAUCGUCCGACGAAGAAAAUCAUCUUCGUGAAAUCAAAAUUUACAAGCCAUAUAAUAUUAGUAGUAGUGGUAACAUAGUGACUAAAUCUAGAGUAGAAAAUCAUGUGAAUAAUAAUUCAAUUCCCCAUUCAAAGAGAACUUCUCCGAGAUUGUCCCUUUUGUGUUCAUCACCUGAUAUAAAACGCCCAAUAAUACCAUCAGUGAAGCAAGCUUCACCGCCAUCUCCACCACCACAACAAGAACAAGAACUUACAUUGCAGCAAAAGAAGCCAAGUCUAACUUAUGUUGUGCCACAAAGGGUGAAAUUCUCUGCGCUACCACCUCCACCAGAUAUAGCAAGGCUUAAAUCAAUAAGCAACCAAUCCCAUGAAAUGUCAAAAGUUCAAGCUCCAGCUCCCCCUCCACCACCGCCUCCACCUCCACCUCCACCUCCGCCUCUGCCUCCACUAUCAGCCUCCCAAAAAAUUGGAGGCAGAGUCGGCUCAAGGGCAACCAAUUCUGUUGAGCCGCCUAUGCUUGAAAGAUCACAAAGAAGUUCCCCUUCAAUAUCUUCCAAUGUAAAGCCUCAAUCAAAUACUCCCGCACCAAAAUCAACAUAUCUGGGUGAGAAGAGAAGUCCUUUCGAAGAACAACACAGAGGAGCCAUACAUGAUAUCGACACUACAGAUGAGUCAAAGCCCAGAUUGAAGCCAUUACAUUGGGACAAAGUACGAGCAACUUCCAAAAGAGCCACGGUGUGGGAUCAAUUGAAAUCGAGCUCUUUCCAAUUAAAUGAGGACAUGAUGGAGUCACUCUUUGGAUGUAAUUCUGUAAAUUCAGUCCCAAAUGAAGUCACCAAGAAAUCAGUCUGUUCUCUGGUUGAGAAGGAGAACAGAGUUCUUGACCCAAAAAAAUCACAGAACAUUGCCAUAAUGUUGAGAGCAUUGAAUGUAACAAAGGAUGAAGUAUCUGAUGCGCUUUUAGAUGGUAAUGCAGAAGGAUUGGGGCCUGAACUUCUGGAGAGUUUGGUCAAGAUGGCUCCAACAAAGGAAGAAGAGAUAAAACUAAGAGAUUACAAUGGGGAUACUUCAAAAUUAGGGUCUGCAGAACGAUUCCUCAAGGCUAUUCUUGAUGUACCAUUUGCCUUCAAAAGAGUAGAAGCCAUGCUAUAUCGAGCAAAUUUUGAUGCUGAAGUAAAGGAUCUGAGGAAGUCUUUCCAAACACUUGAGGAAGCAAGUCAAGAACUGAAGAACAGCAGACUAUUUCUCAAACUCCUUGAAGCUGUUCUCAGAGCAGGAAACCGCAUGAAUGUUGGCACUAAUCGUGGUGAUGCAAGAGCUUUCAAACUUGAAACUCUUUUGAAAUUGAUAGAUAUAAAGGGAACAGAUGGAAAGACAACUUUGCUUCACUUUGUGGUUCAGGAGAUUAUUAGAUCAGAAGGGCUGGAUUCUGAUACUAAGGAUGAUAACCUUCCUAAUAUAUCAAAUAUCAAAUUCAAAGAGGAAGAAUUCAAGAAGCAAGGAUUGCAGGUAGUUGCUGGAUUAAGCAGAGAACUUGGCAAUGUCAAAAAAGCAGCAGGAAUGGACUCGGACGUCCUAAGUGGCUAUGUAUUGAAGCUUGAGGCAGGACUUGUUAAAGUUAGAUCCGUUUUGCAGUACGAAAAGAAAAGCAUGGAAGGGAACUUUUUUGAGUCAAUGAGAGUAUUUCUAAAGGAUGCAGAAGAUGGUAUAGUGAGGAUCAAGGCGGAAGAAAGAAAAGCUUUGUCGAUGGUCAAAGAGGUGACGGAAUAUUUCCAUGGUGAUGCUGCAAAAGAGGAGGCUCAUCCUCUCAGAAUAUUUAUGAUUGUAAGAGACUUCCUCUGCAUAUUGGAUAGUGUGUGCAAAGAUGUCGGAAUGAUGCAGGACAGAACAAUGGUUGGUGCUGCCAGGUCAUUCAGAAUAGCUACAACUGCAUCACUUCCAGUCUUAAACAGAUACAACGUGAGACAAGAUAGGAGUUGGGACGACGAUAGCUCAUCACCUUGACAUUUAUGUGCAAAAAAAUGAUGCUAGGUUCUCAAAGUUCGUUACAAUCCACAUUGCUCAGAUUCUCUAAAAAUGUAGCCACGCCCGUGCCAAAAGAUUAUGCAUUUUUGGACACAGACGCAUCAGCAAAUCUAGAGGAUCCAUCCAGACAACAGGAAAGCAGCAUCACAAGGAGAAUGAGCAUUUGGUCUUUGUAAGUUAAGAUGGAUUAGCAUUGAAUCUCCCAGCUCAAUAAUGAGGGAAAUGUAAACGGACUAGGCGUCACACACAUAAGAAUAAGAGGCUGCAGCAUUCUGGGAUGCUGUCAAAAGCAAUAUGAUCAAUUUUAAAUUAUAGAGAUUAUUCCUUCUUUCUGUGUAGACCUAGAUAAGGAAGUUUUAUUCAUCUGUAUACAUAGUAAAGACAUAAAAGUUCAGAUUUUGAUGUUAUGAUUUCAGCGACAUAAUGAAAUUCAUUCUCCUCUUUUUGUUAUA